CUGGUACCAAGCUAUAGUCGAAAGGCUAUAAGUGGCCAGAAUAAUUACCUGGGUAUGGUAACAAGUCAGGAGAUGAACGAAAGUGAAAUGGGUUAUCGCGGAUCUAAAUCCAGCGCUAUUGCACUGGUAAAAGAGCAACGAGUGGACGGUAGUUACAGUUUUCAAGUAGGACUGUUAAGGUGCACUCUAAUGGCCCCUGUAAGGGGGUAUCAAACUGAAAUCCUUUCUAACAAAAAUAAUGUCUCUGAAAAUGUAGUUGUUACAAAAAGACCCAAGUUAAAUAAACUAGAUCCUUGGUUUAUGACUGGAUUUGUUGAUGCUGAAGGUUAUUUUAGUAUUGAAUUAUUUAAAGAUUCUAAAGCUAAAUUUAAGUAUACUCCUAGAUUAGUUUUUGGAAUUAACUUACAUGUUAAAGAUUUACCUAUUCUUCUAAGUUUUAAGGAUACAUUAGGAGUGGGAACUGUAAGUACAAAAGGAAAAGUAACUAAUUAUACAGUUAAAACAUUUAAAGAUCUUGCAGUUAUUGUUAACCAUUUUAAACUAUAUCCUCUUGUUUCCAGCAAAUAUCUUGUGUAUCAAGAUUGGUUACAAGCUUAUAAUAUUAUGUCAACAAAAGAACAUUUUAAUUAUCAAGGUAUGACAAAAUUGGCUACAUUAAAAAAUUUAACUAAUUUCGGAUUAUCUGAUAGUUUGAAAGAAGCUUUUCCUGAUUUUAAUAUUUCUUUAAUUGAUACUAUGUCUUACAAUUUUAGGGGUAUUCCUCAUGGAAUGUGGGUAGCAGGAUUUACAAGUGGAGAUGGAUCUUUUUAUACUAAGUUGACACAGUAUAAAGAUACAUUUCAUACAGGAUGUGUUUUUAAAAUAACUCUUCAUCUUAAAGAUACUGCCUUAUUAGAAGGUUUAUACGAUUAUCUUUCAAAAUACUUUCCAAAUAUUUCUUUCAACAAAUAUAAUUCAAGAACAAAUAAAGGUAUUUAUUUUUCAAAACAAACUGUAAGUUUAAAUAUUUCAAAUAUUCAGGAUAUAGGUAAUAUUGUAAUUCCUUUUUUUAAUUUAUAUCCAGUCUUAGGAGUAAAGAAAAUGGAUUAUAAUGAUUUUAAAAAUAUUUAUAAUAUUAUUUUAUCAAAAGGUCAUUUAAGU